AUGGUGUCGACCCUACGGCCGUUGAAAACACAGCAGCUUUUGUCUGUCUUCAAGGUGCUUGACCGUGACAAGAGGGGCAGACUAGGACUGCAAGAAUUAGAUUACGCAUUCUCGGAAAUGCUGGAUACCAAUCUCUCGGGUGAGGAACUGAGCUAUACCAUGAAACACCUGAUAAGCCUGGGCACAGUCGCAGACGACGCAACGACACAUGGUCACGAUAACCGCAGCGAGAGCCAGGAACUGGACUUCUCGACAUUCAUCGGUGCCGUAAACAGCACGCUCAAGCUUCGUUCCCUUGAAGAUAUAAUUGCGGGGACCUUCGGCAGACUCACUGGUGGUAAAGACCGCAUCACUGUUGAAGAUCUGCUGCGGUUGGCAGACAAAGCAGGCAUAGAAUCAGGAAGUGACGCCCGCGUACGCCUCGUAACUCGUAUGCCGAACGAAUCGGCCGACCUUACGGAGUUCUGCAAGUGCGUAUCUGGAACCUAA